UAUAUUGCGGAAACUCAUUUCUCCUUGAAGCGCCGUUCACUUUCACCUUCACAGAACAGAACAGAACCACAACAACAUCGAUUCACUGAAAUGGCCAAGGAGGAAGUGAAAACCGUUGUUCCUGAAUCGGUUUUGAAGAAACAGAAAAGGAAUGAGGAAUGGGCAUUGGUGAAGAAACAGGAACAGGAAUCAGCUAAGAAGAAGCGAUCUGAGACAAGGAAGCUUAUUUGGAGUAGAGCCAAACAGUACGCUAAGGAAUACGAUGACUCGCAAAAGGAGUUGAUUGCGUUGAAGCGUGAAGCUAAGCUUAAGGGUGGAUUUUAUGUUGAUCCUGAAGCUAAGCUUUUGUUCAUUAUCAGGAUCAGAGGUAUCAAUGCAAUGGACCCAAAAUCAAGGAAGAUUUUGCAGCUUUUGCGUUUGAGACAGAUCUGCAAUGGUGUCUUUCUCAAAGUAAACAAAGCGACCGUGAAUAUGCUUCACAGGGUUGAGCCAUAUGUCACCUACGGAUAUCCCAAUCUGAAGAGUGUCAGAGAAUUGAUCUACAAGCGCGGUUAUGGAAAGGUUGAUAGGCAGAGAAUUGCUUUGACUGACAACUCUAUCAUUGAGCAGGUUCUCGGGAAACAUGGUAUCAUUUGCAUUGAAGAUCUCAUUCAUGAGAUCCUUACUGUUGGACCUCACUUCAGAGAGGCAAACAACUUCCUAUGGCCUUUCAAGCUCAAAGCUCCUUUGGGUGGCAUGAAGAAGAAGAGAAAUCACUAUGUUGAAGGUGGUGAUGCUGGUAACAGGGAGGACUACAUCAAUGAACUCAUUAGAAGGAUGAAUUAGGUUUUGGCAUGUGUCGUAUAAGAUUGAUUGUGGAAGUUGAGAUAUCUGUUUUAUUUAAUUCCAGUUUUGUUUUUAAAGAUUUUCAUAUGUUUUCAAUGUUGCUUAAGCAGAUCGAGAUAUUUAGUUCAUUUCCUGCAAGUGCAGUGAAAGUUUUUACUUAUUUGUCAAUGACUUAGUUAAUUUUGAGUUUUGUUGUUUGCAUUGGCGAAA